AUCGUUAGACAUAUAACAAAGUGCUUAGUACAUAGCAGUUUACCUUGGAUUCGUUUUGAGUGAUGAUUAAAAAUCCAGCUUACAUUUGACCCAAGUGUUAAAAGUAUGCUAGUGAUUGACUGUCCACUUUUAAGAUGAGAAGAGAAAAUGAUGAUCCACAUUUCCAAAUCUUAAAAGGAAACGAUCGAAAAUAGUAAUAAACUGAACAAAGGAGAUCAAUCAAAUAAUGAGUUGGUCAGUAAUAAAUUUGUAUGAUAAUUCAACAAACACCAGUGCUUUGAUAAAAGCUAUAUUUGACGGCAAUAAUGAACUAUCACGCGAACUAAUUACUCAAGGUGAAGACCCCAAUGUCAGAGAUGAUGAAGGACGAACACCUUUGAUGUGUGCUGCAUUCAAGGGCAAUAAAGAGAUUGCAGAAAUACUAAUUGAUGCAGGUUCUGAAGUCAAUCAAAGAAAUCAUAAUAAACAAACGGCCCUCUUUCAUUCAAUUGCGAAUAACAACGAAGUGGUUGCACGGCUACUCGCUUUAAAACGUGCUGAUGUCAAUGUAUCUGAUAUAUAUAGACAAACUCCUUUAUUAAGUGCAGCUGAAAAUGACAACAAAGAGGUUGCACGACUGUUGAUUGAGAAAGGUGCUGAUGUCAAUGUAUCUGAUAAAGAUGGACAAACUCCUUUAUUCAGUGCAGCUAAAAAUGACAACAAAGAGGUUGCACGACUGUUGAUUGAGAAAGGUGCUGAUGUCAAUGUAUCUGAUAUGGAUGGACAAACUCCUUUAUUCAGUGCAGCUCAAUAUGACAACGAAAAGGUUGCACGACUGUUGAUUGAGAAAGGUGCUGAUAUCAAUGUAUCUGAUAACGAUAAAAUAACUCCUUUAUUCAGUGCAGCUACAAAUAACAACGAAGAGGUUGCACGUCUGUUGAUUGAGAAAGGUGCUGAUGUCAAUGUAUCUAAUAAAGAUGGACAAACUCCUUUAUUCAGUGCAGCUACAAAUAACAACGAAGAGGUUGCACGUCUGUUGAUUGAGAAAGGUGCUGAUGUCAAUGUAUCUAAUAAAGAUGGACAAACUCCUUUAUUCAGUGCAGCUACAAAUAACAACGAAGAGGUUGCACGUCUGUUGAUUGAAAAAGGUGCGGAUGUCAACGUAUGUGAUAAACAUGGCAGGACUCCUUUAUUCAAUGCAGCUGGACAAACUCCUUUAUUCAGUGCAGCUACAAAUAACAACGAAGAGGUUGCACGUCUGUUGAUUGAAAAAGGUGCGGAUGUCAACGUAUGUGAUAAACAUGGCAGGACUCCUUUAUUCAAUGCAGUAAACGCAAGAGACAUGUAUGGCAGAACAGCUAUGUUCUCUGCAGCUACAACAAUUGAUGAUAGUAAAAUGUUUGAAGUUAUAGCGACGAUGCUUGUUCGCAAGGGGGGUGUUGUAGACGAUACCGAUAAUAAGGACAUGAGCGUUUUAUCGUAUUUCGUUGAGAGACAUUGUUGCAACAGUUUUAAGGAUAACAGAAAUGUUUCAAAAAGACUAUCAUUUUUUAUCAAGAAUGGCAUACGUAAUUCAGCAAUCUUCACCUCAGCAUUGAGCUAUUUGUAUGCUACAUUACCAAACUACUUCUACAGUUCCAAUACAGUGGAUAGAAGAGAGAUGUUUCUGAAUGCUAUAUCUGUUGCAUACACAUACGCUAGUCAUGAAGUGCAAUCUAUUGACACCUUGAAUGCACUACUCGACGACGAAAGAAUACCAGAAGCAAUGGAUUUAAUGGUGAUGUUAGGUGUCAAUCCCAAUUGUGCCGAUUCGUAUGGAAAUACUGCCCUUCAUUAUGCUACUCUGCUUCCAUUUCAUGGGGUAUCACAAGAGAACGCAAAGAAAAUCCUCGAGACGCUUAGAAACCAUGGGAUACGAACCAACAUCAAAAAUCAGGAAAAAGAGACACCUCUACAUUUCUGUCUUUCAGAACAAGCAUGGAAACUAGCAAGCGAGAAAGACACAUGGAGUGGAAUCAUGACAGUGGUAGAGAUUUGUGAGUUUCUUCUUCAAGAUGGAUCGCUCAUAAGUGAAACAACGAGAAAUGGAAAGACUGUGUAUCAUUUGAUUAUGGAAUUGUUAUCACAUGGACUGUCUAUGAAUGACGUGAUAAUUCGAGAUGUGAUUUGCUCAAGUUCAGUUAAACUUCUUAAAAUGUUUUCCAAAAUAACUGGCGAAGAUUUAAAUGUCUUAAAGAAGAUGGAUCACAAACUUAAGUCUCCCCUACAUCUUUGGGCUUCUUUAUCUCUGCCGCCAAAUCAAAAAUACUAUAGAGAUCCUUUAACGAAAGGUUUCACUUUUCAAGUUCUUCUUGACAGCAUAUUCAAGCACUUAUGGAAACCCGGAAUGUCGCCAAACCCAAGGAAUGAUCAAGAUCAAACACCUCUUCAUCUUUGCAAGACUUGGACAGCAACCAGACUCUUAAUAGAAGCAGGAGCAAAAGCAAAUGAUGUUGAUGGAGAAGGACAAACUCCUCUCUUAAAUGUUGCAAAACAGAAACAGUUCAAGAUUAAACAGGGUUAUCUAUUUCCGGACGUUGAGGAAGACCCAAAACAGUUCUUCGAAACGUGUGUGUCAUUAGGUCUUGAUAUAUGGAGUUCUGACAAUGAAGGGCAAUCCAUGCUUAGUAUCUUCCUGGAUUCCGAGGCUUAUGCACUGGCCAAUGGUUUGAUCGAUGUUGCUGUUGCAAAUUGUAAAUCAACCACAAUCGUAAAACAGUUGCUGGAUGCUAUUUGCAAAGAUCAGUCCACAAGUACRACUUGGAAAAGUCUUCUUACUUUAACGCUUAUAACCUCACCACAACUUGCCUCUAGCACCAAUCUCGAUGGUUCACUCCGCCACAUUUGCACAAACAUCGAAAAGGAGGUACUGGGACAGAAGCAAGAACAGCGUGUUGGAAUUGAAGAAGGCAAUGAAUCUGAAGAGCCCCCAAAUAAGAGACCGAGAAUUGUUGAUACUGAAAAUCGCAGCACGCCGAAAUCGAAUGUCAUUUUUGAUAUUGGAAGACAGCUACUGUUUUAUGGAGCCGAUGGCAACAGUUUGUGUAACGAUUUCCCAAACCUUCACUCCUUUUUGACGGCCGUAAUUACUCCAGACCAAAUGAAAGAGAUAAUUCCAUGGACUUCUCAUUCCACAAUACAUGAAGAGAAGCUUAGAGCAGUCUCGAGAAAGCAAAAUGUUGCUGAGAUAGGUACCUACUACUAUCAUGAAGAGCCAAUAGGUAAAGGAGGCUUCGGCGACGUUUAUGCUGGAAUAGGUAAGAAUGAUGGAAGAGAGGUUGCAAUCAAGAAAAUAAAAAGAAGUCAAGUGAAGGGACAAGAUAAAAGAGAGAUAAGUAAUCUUGUAGAAUUGGCAGACUGUCCACAAGUCGUGAAGUACAUCUCUUUCGAUGUCAGUGAUAAACACUUUGUGUUCAUUGUGUUAGAACUGAUGGAGGGGCAUCUAGACGAUUAUUUUCCAAGUCCAUCGUUUGAUGCAAGUCGAAGACCAAGAUUAUGCCGUGAUGUUGUACAGGGUCUGGCAUAUUUACACCAGCACGAGCCAAAACCAAUUCUUCACCGUGAUCUCAAACCAGAAAACAUCCUUUACAAGUUUGAUAAAGAUGGCAAAGUUAUCGUUAAGAUAGCAGAUUUUGGUCUCAGUAGUCCUCUCACGACUGGCAGGACAACUGUUCUUCAUUCCAAAGUAGGUACCCGUUGCUGG